ACUACAAUAAGACUAAUAAAUUAAAAAUUACAUAAAAACUUAAUAAGUUAAUUAAAAACUCAUGAACUAAGCAACAAUUAGCAUGUAAAACAUGGUAAAAUAACUCUAUUUUGUAGAGUUAUCAGCGGAUUCGUAAGUACUCUUGUUACUUUUAUUAUUAUAUAUAUUUUUUUUGAGCUCGGAAUUUUAGCCCUUAAGACCGUACUUAGCUGAAAUGUGUUUCGCUUUUCAGCUAAUUUUAAGCGUCCCUCCCCCACCAAGGCAAUGGGGGAGCACAGAGAGGCCUUGCUUCGACUUCCUUAUGGCAGGAGGUCUCUUUCGUAUCUUCUUCAAGAGGGCAAGCUCCGAGCCUGUGGGUUGUUGGGAGAAGGCCAGUCAACCUCUGACUGGUCUAAUAAAAAAUACGAACGUUGGGAGGAGGUGCCCCUGCCUACAGGCGCCCUUCCUCCGAGGAGAGAGAGGAGGCCAACACUCCCAGUUCGUCUGAGGAGUCCGCGGUCCGGGAAUGAGGCCAAUGAUGAAGCCUCGAGCUCGGACUCAGAUGAAGGUAAAGUCCUCCCUACCUCGAGGAUGCGGUCCCCCACACUACUAGAACACAGGCCCAAUAGGUUAGUCUCGUGCCCACAGGAUAUAUACCACUUCUACAUAUGGAGUUGGGUAGACGACUGUGUCCAUAGGUUCGAUAGUGGACUCGGGAAAUAUGAUACCAUGUACACCAUGGACGAGGUGUGGAAUGGGAUAGCGGUGCAGUACGGGACCUCUCGAGGUUAUCCCCUACUUAUAGGGAAGGCACUCCUCCCGCCUCCUCUGAAGACGGGGGAAUUUCAUGGUCCCCAAGCUCGAGCUCGGGGGAGAGUUCCAGUUAGGUUUCCUCCAUCAUCACUCUAUGUGUCUGAUACCGAAAUUACUUGCUGUACAUUUCUCUUUUACUGACUCAGUGUUGUGAUUUGUGCAGGCGAGAUGGACUCCGACCUCGAUGCCCUUAUCGACAAUGCAGGCGCCAAGAGGAGCAAACGCCCCAGGGCAGGGUCGGUGAAGACCAGCCAGCCGGGGAAAGGCUCCAAGAGAUCUAAGAAAACGCCUCCUCCUCCCCCGCCGGCUUCGAGCUCUGCUGCUACGUCGACUGGCCAGAUCAGCGCCCCCACGACCUCGCAGGCUGUCGUCUCUGCGGUGGCACCGGCCUCGCAGGCUGGUAUCCCUAUCGUGGUCGAAUCCCAACCUCCUGUGGCGGGUCAAACGUCUUCUGCUCAGCUCGCCAAGUGACCUUCUGCUUCUCGAGCUCAGAAGCUAACCAUCUCCACCCAUAUGGACUCAUAUGUGGUGGAUAACGCUGCCGGACUUCAUGGAUCUACGCUGAUUUCGGAUAUCAUGUCCCGGAUCGGCCAGAGCUACGGUAGUUUCGAGGCUCCUCAGUGGCAGUGCCUAACUGGCACCCGAGACCGCACUGUCCUGUACGAGAAGAGUAUCGAGCACACUGCCGCGGCUCUCGCCUUCAUUGCCCAGCUCAAUUACGAGCUGAACAACGAGAUCCAUUCGAGCAAGACUCAUGCUCAAGAGGAGAGGGACCUCCACCUUAGAGCGAACGACGAUCUGAAGGCGGCGAAUACUAAGCUCGAGGCAGUGGUUAAGGAGCGUGAGAAUAUGGCCAAGGAGCUCGGAAAGAUGAAAACUGAACUCGAGGAGCAAAAGAAAGAUAACAUCCAGCUUCGGGAGACCAAAAAGAAGCUCGAAGAGGACAAGGCCGCCACCCUCGACUUCAUAGAGGAUGUCAAAGCUCGCCUUACUGCCAAGUACAAAGAAAAGAAGGAAAAGGCGGUCGACUCAGCCAUGUACCGGAUGUGGGCUUAUAACGAAGAGCUGGACACCAGCUUCUUGGGUCCCCACGAGGCGCCACUUCUUGAACGAUGGAAUGCCCGGCUCGAGAAGGAAGAGGCUGAAUGGCUUGAGAAGGAGAAGGCUGAGCAGCUCGAGAAGGAAAAGGCUGCUCCGGGCACCGUUUCGGAGGAAGCUCAGGAGGAUAGCCAUGCUAUUCGUCCUGAGGGGUCCGGCGCCACUGAUGCUGAGAAGGCCAAGGAGACUCCUCUCUCUUGAAUCUGACCUCGGGGAGAUCAGUUAUCGGGGUUGCGUCCCCUUAUUUCUGUAACUAUUUUAAUAUAUGCCCACGGGGCUGAUACAAUUUCUUUUACCAUUCUUUUAUAUGCUUUACAUUUCUUGGCUCGAAAUAUUUUGCAUAUUUUUAAAUUGAUGAACCGGUUAUGUUUAUUUAUUCAUACAAACAUAGUUUGGACUUGGGC